UUUGUCGCUCAUCCAGAAGACGAGACCAUGGUCAUCAACGUCUUCUGUGGCGUCGUGUCUGGAGUCCUGUCCUCCUCCCUGGCCAACCCCACUGACGUCCUCAAGAUCAGAAUGCAAGCGCAGGGCAGUUUGCUCCAAGGCAGCAUGAUGGCCAACUUCAUCAACAUCUACCAGACAGAGGGCACCAGAGGGCUGUGGAGAGGCGUCAUCCCCACUGCGCAGCGAGCAGCCAUUGUCGUCGGGGUGGAACUUCCUGUCUAUGACAUAACGAAGAAGCACCUGCUUCGAUCUGGCGUCAUGGGCGACACCAUUUUGACACAUUUCAUCUCAAGUUUCACGUGUGGCUUGGCGGGGGCGCUGGCAUCCAACCCUGUAGACGUGGUCCGGACCCGUAUGAUGAACCAGCGAGUUUUGUCAGGAGGCCCUCUGUACAAAGGAACACUGGACGGAGUGAUGCAGACGUGGAAGAAUGAGGGCUUCUUCGCUCUCUAUAAGGGAUUCUGGCCUAACUGGCUGCGACUGGGGCCUUGGAACAUCAUUUUCUUUUCUUCUUUCUUUUUUUUGCAAAGUGUUUUAUUUAUUGUCACUGGUUUUGUUUUCGUACUGUUUUAAAGACUGCUGCUUUGAUGAUUUCUCUCACCCUCAACCACCUUUGACACUCCCCAGGCAGCUAAAUGUUUGAUUGUAGCAGAAGAAUUGGAAAGUUUGGAAGAAGAAGAGUUUAUUUCCUUGAGCUGAUAAGAAAGAGUUGUGAACUUUGGCCUUUCUUAAAUGACAAACGGAGAUAAUGCUUGUGAUUUUUCUUGCUCAGGAUUCCUACACGGGUCUGGAAAAAAGGGGAAGUUCAUUUAUUAAUAAGCCCAGGAAUUGCAGAAUGUCAGUUCAGACAUGCAUGGUUAACUCAGUUUGAGGAGAUUGGAAAAA